AUGUUAUCCAAAGCCAUCUUCUUCUGGGUAUGCACCGAAUUCCUCGCACGAAACACAGAAGGUUCCAGUCCUCCAGCUGUAGCAGAUGACGAAGUUCUAGUCCUAUCCCUUCAGGAGUCGGGGAGGCCCUCCUCUGAGAGUUACGCCAGGUUGUUGACUCCUUUUCCAGAACUCAGGUCCUUUACAGUCUGCUACUGGCUGAAGCUGGGCAGAUUUCGAGAAGAAUCCACCCUCAUGUCCUAUGCAGCGACUGAUGACAAGGACAACGAGAUCAGAAUGGACCACCGUCUGACAGGUUACAGAGUCGCCCUGAGAGGUGGAUGGGCUAUAACAGACAUUCAAACUCCUCUCAGGCACUGGACGCACUUCUGCUUCGGAUAUACUCUUGGUAGUGACGACUGGCAAAUUUUCGUUGAUGGUGAGAAACAAGCUCAAGGGACCAUGGUCACAGAAAGUGGAUACUUAGUAUCUAAUGGAAGUUAUGUCAUUGGUCAGGAACAAGAUUCAUUCGGCGGCGGGUUUCAGCGGGACCAGAGUUUCAGCGGAGAAAUAACAGAACUGGAUUUUUGGGAUGAAACCAUCAGCGAUGAAAGUAUAAAAGAGGCUGCAAGUGGUGGUCUCUUAGUUCCUCAGACGGAUGACGAGAACUCUCUGCUGUACGAAUCAUCCAAAGACAGAGCACAACAGUGUUCUGGCGGCCAGGGCUCCUCUUACAUGUGGCUAGGUGCGAACGACGAAGUGAACGAGGGCCAGUGGGUAUCCUGGGCUACUGAAGAGCCCAUUGGCUGGGAGGGCCCUUGGAGAGGUUUAGGACCCAAUGGGGGAACUGCCGAAAACUGCAUGGUGAUGUUAGCAGGAGACUUUCCAAGCAUGUGGUCUGAUAUAGCUUGUCUGGACACUUACUCAUUCUGCGUUCCCUGCGAAUUCAAGCAGCUGACUUCGUUGCACCUAAAGGGCGCUGCCCUUUGCAAUAGUUCCCCCUUCAAUCAGCAGUAUUUUCUAGACAGCGAGAAAAAUGGUCGUCCAUUCUUUGCUGGAUUCUUUCAUUCGGAUAUUUACUGGGAUCCUUUGAGUGGAUCCUGGACUCUGCAGUCUUUAAAAGAACCUGGAGCACAAGCAAGAUGGACGGUUAGAAACGAAGGCCAGUAUCCAUUCGGCACACACGACUGGAUUUUGCUGGGAGAAGUUUGUGGGAUGUUACCAGGCACCGUCGUUCCAUUGACUAUAUCAGUAUGCCGCAUCGGACAAUUCACAUGCGCCGACGGCACCUGCAUUAAUCUAACUAGCCGUUGUGACCUCAGGGUCGACUGCCCUGACCAAAGCGACGAGUCAGCUUGUUCGCUCUUGGAUAUACCCGAGGGGUAUCAUACUGAUAUCCCUCCCCCGUACGUCAAAGGAGAGCCCUUGCCUGUAUAUUUCAUUCUAGAAUUGACGUCUUUCCCUUCGAUUAUCACUCAAGACUUGACGCUCACUGCGAACUUCAAGCUUUCGUUGCGGUGGCGAGACCUGAGGAUUAAUUUCCUCAACCUCAAGGAUGACGGGAGCCUCAACGUACUGCCGCCUGGAAUGGCGACUUCCAUCUGGACGCCCAAGGUGUUCUUCAGCAAUGCGCAGAAGAACGUCCACACAAACUUAGACCAAGGGGCUCGCGUAGAGUGCGUUCGUCAGGGUCCUUCUGUGCCAGGACCUCCGAGUAACCCAGUUGAAGUGAAUAUCUUCUCUGGACAUGAAAACAGCAUCGAGAUGAGUCAGUUUUACAGCGUUACCUACACCUGUGACUUCAACCUUGAAAUGUUUCCUUUUGAUUCACAAGUUUGCUCUCUCCAGUUCACAAUGGAAUCCGGUUCGUCUUCCUAUCUUCGCCUGAUCCCAGUCAACAAUACUUACAGAGGCAGAAGGAAUCUUAUUGAGUAUACAAUAAACAUCUAA